GGUUAAGAAAAGCUUCAGUAUAACAGGGACGGCAAUGCUCGGAAACUCUCCACCUCCUGUCUACAUUUGUGUUGCCCUCUUUCCCCCCCGCUCUGUCCUCAGCUCACUCUGGUCCUGCUCACAACAUCAACCAGGACAACUUGAAAGAUGACAUCCCACUUGGUUCUCCAUAUGGCCUGCCUGACCUUGCUGUCACUGUGCUGCGCCGUGACACAGGGCGCUCCGAUGUUCUACAACGUGUCCAUGGAUGGUAGCGGUGAUGACGGGCUGGAGUUUCUCUUUCCGAAGUACUUCUCCACUCGUGAGCCCGCUCAAGUCAGCGCCGCUACCCAUCCACCUGAUGCUUCCGACUCCCCCACGUUCACUAACACCAUCACCACUACCAUCAUCCGUCUAAAGGACUUUGUACUGACCAGAGUGGUGGAUUUCCUGGAGGAUAAUCUUCUCAUCAUCAUUGUCGUGACCUCUGUUCUCAUCGUCUUGGUCUUUAUUAUCUGCUGCGCUUCUGCCAUGAGUCAGAAGCGCAAGCUGGAGGCCUACAAGGUCCCCCCUCAAGCUACCAGGAAGUACCCUGUGGAAAAAAACAUCCUACACAGAGGUAUGAGCGAGCCCCAGGAGAGACCUUACGCUGUGGACCACGUCAAGAGGGUCCACAUGCAGAGCAGCGCCUCGCCCAAGAACCUGCGCGUGCCCUCCAAGGCUCUGGUAGGAGAGAGGGGCCAGGACGUCAGGCUGUCACCGCGCACGGAGGUGAGGAAGGUUAGGGAGGUGGAGGAAGUGGAGAAGCGGAGAGAGGAAGUGGAGAAGCGCAGAGAGGAGCCAAGACACAGAGAGCAUACGAAACGCAGGGAGGAAGUGCAGCACACCUCCAGUCAGCCUGUUUGCACCUGCCAUCUGAAGAAGGCCCACUACUAGAGCGUGCUCAGCUCACCCCUGCUGCCUGCAUUGCAUUUGACAUUGCAAACGGGAAGCUGUAGAAAGAUGUUUGCGUAUUUAUAAAAUCCUACUAGUUAACAUCUAGUGCUUGACUAGCUUGCAGGUGGCAUCUCGUUCAUAAUUUGGACUCACAUUCAGUAAUGUCAGACAUCAUUAUGCCUAAGACAUUCAUUGUAUUAGUGCACGCUAGUUGUUCUACUGGUGUUCAUUUUACUUGUGAGGGUGAAGAACACGUCAGUACAUCGACCUUAAGAUGGAACAGCUUUUUAUAGGAAGGUAAUAGAAAAAAGGACGUUACUGAUAUGACAGUUGUUCUAUUAGUACAGCCGAAUGUCUCGCUCGUAACUACAUGGUCCUUAAAGACCCUAUAAAGUCAAUUUGAGACUUGGUGCUAUAUAUAGUAUAUAUGUUGAAAACGUGAAAAGGCUGAGAAUUGUUAUCCAAAUUGAAUAUAUUUGCUGAUGUUUUUUUUAAUCCAAAUUUGACAGGGUUGUUAGCGACAUUUCUCUGUGGCAUUCCAAAUGUAUGAUACAUAUAUUAUUUUGACUUUGCAGGGAUUUAAAAUAUGACUUUUACUGUUACCAAUAUCUAGUUGUAUGAAAUUUAACGUAGGGCAUCCAACAAGUACCUUAUUUUAGAAAUACUUUUACAAUACCACAGCAUUAGAAUCAUGCCUCUGUGUCAGUUUGUGUCAAUCAAAUCUGACAAACUGACAAUUAUUAUGCUUGUAAAUGCUGAAUUUUAAAAUACAGCUUUUGGACUAGAUUUCCUCAGUAUAUAGAUGUACUUAAUGUUGCGGAUGGUGAAUUUACAGUAUUUAACUAAUAUACAUAUGUAAAAAAGAAUACUAAAAAAAAAAACAAUGCUAUAAUUAGCACUGUCCAUGUCCUGUAUCAACCAAAGUGGAGUAAAAAUAAUUAAGAAAAAAAAUAAUAUAUAGACUUUGCAGCCCAAGUUGUUAUUGUAAUGUUUGCCUCAUAUAAAUACUAAGAUAGUGUUUAUGUGUAAACACAUGCCUGCCAAGACAGAGGAAGCUCCUCAUAAUGUCCUGCUGUAUAUGCCAUCAAGACAAUUCAGCUUGAGAAUUAAUUUCUCGAUGCUUCGAGUUGCCAUAAAACUUGUCUUGAUUACGUUCCAAAUAUUUCUUUAUAGACACUUUCAUCACAUGUUCAUGAUUUAUUUACUUGUUUUAAAUGUUUUUGGCAUUUAUCUUAUCUCCCCACAACUUUUUAUGCAUGUACAAAUACAUGUGACAUUAAUUUAAUCAAUGAAAGACAAUUUAAGUGUUAUACGUGCAUGUUCAUUCUCACCAUCAAAAAAUGCAUUUUUGUUGUGUGUAAACAUUUUGUAUUCUUUUUUUCUUGUUUACUUUUGUAAAAGGGUAAAUUAUCUAAUUAUGACUAUUAUAUAUUACUUCCUUGCGGUCAAAGUAUCACCAGUAUUGAUAAACGGACCAUGGUUUUGUUUCAACAGUGGUGAUCUUAAGUUAAAGUAUUUAUCUAAUCUGAUACAAUGUGUGUCCGGCUAUUGAUGCAUAACUAAAAAUAUUUCAUCCAAAUGUGAACCUACCAGUUUAUGCAGUUCUUAUGACAAAAUUUUGACAGUUUGUAUUUGUCACUCUAACUAAGGCUGUGUGUUUUAUUUUUCUCUUGCUCCUUGAUUUUCUUCUGUUGAAUAAAACUGUGGAUAAAGGC